UAGAAACAGUUGGUGACUACAGUAAAGGUGACAGUACAGGCCAAGGGAGGAAGCGGGGGAAGGCUGGGCUGGCCACGCUACAGAAGGGCUUUCUGGGAGUGUCCAGCCACAGGAACCUUCAAGCAGCCCUGGCUGAGAGUUCUGAAAAACUCCUCCUUCCCUGAAGCCGUGGGCUGGGCUGUCAUUGGAUCGCUUUCAGUUUUGUUUCUGCAAGAAACGAAACUUGACAAGAAGACUCCGGAGACCAGAGCAUGGAGGGAGCCUUCAAGGUGUGCAGGAACUGGAGUGUUAAGAAAUACCCUGCCCAGGAACCGGAAGACUCAGAAGCUUGUGUUCCUUGGGAUCUCCAAGAAAGGACUCAGGGCCUCUCUGUGGGAUACACAGGAAGUGUGGGUAUGCCAGAGCUGGAUGCCCAAUCAGCUGUGGGCCAAGCAGAGGAACACUUGAAAACAAGACAAAAUAGUUGAAAGACUCUGAUAUAUGUAAUUUCAUCUUUUAAACAGCUCUACCGAGCAAAAGAAGUGUGGCCUCUGCCCACUUGGUUCUCCAUGAGGCCUACUGUCAGCUGUUUCUGGUCCUCUGCCCGGAGUGCAAGGAACCCGUCUUACAGGAGAAGAUGGACGAGCACUGCAAGAAUGGGCACCAGCAGGUCGGGUGUGCGAUGUGCCAGCAGAGCAUGCAGAAGCACUUGCUGGAGUCUCAUGAGGCCACAGAAUGCCAGGAGCGCCCUGUGGAGUGUCAGUUCUGUGAGUCGGCUGUGCGCCUCAGCAUGCUGGAAAUCCAUGAGCACCACUGUGGCAACCGGACAGAGCUCUGCCCAGACUGUGGCCAGCUCAUCAUGCUCCCAAUGCUGGCCAAGCACAGAGAUGUGUGCCAGAGUGAGCAAGCCCAGCUCGAGAGAGGGAAGAGAAUUUCGGCUUCUGAAAGAAAUAGCUACUGUCAUUAUUGCAACAAAAUGAUCCCAGGAAAUGAGUAUUUACACCAUGUGGAUAAAUGUCGUACAAUAUCAAAGUCUGCAAAAUAUCUUCCAGUUGGAGAGCCAAGCAUUUCUCCUCCACCCCUUCCAAGUCAGGCUGCUGAAGAUCAAACUUUCAUAGCAGAAAAAGAUGUCCGUCCAAAGAUGAAAAAUAUAAACAGAUUUCCUCUUCUUCUUGAAAAUUCAACAAAGCAAGCAUCAGAUGGCACGAAUAAAACCAUGGAUCUGCCUUUGAAGUCAGAGCACAAGCCUUGGGUCGCCUCUACUACAGAAGAUGAGGCAGUCUAUGACAUUCUGAAGAGAUGUUCUCAGUGUGGUAUCCUGCUUCCCCUGCCGACACUGGACCAGCAUCAGGAGAAAUGUCGGUGGUUAACUUCAUUUAAAGAAAAACAUAUGAGAAAAGCCUUCAGCCCUUCUGCCCGAGAAUUUCGAUAAAACAUCUGAGGCCCAUAGCCUGGACAGCUUGGGGACCCCAAAUUCAUCUAUUUUACAUUCCCAUUAGCAAUAUAUGAGAAAUCAAGUUUCCCCACAUUCCCUGGCCAGCAUUUGCUAUUGUCAUUGUCAUUUUUUUUCUAACUUUAGCAAUUCUAACAGGUAUGUGGUCAUAUCUUACUGUAGUUUCAAAUUGCAGUUCUCCAAAGUCUAAAAAUGUUGAACAUCUUUUCACUUGCUUAUUUGUCAUCUGAAAUGUCUGUUCAUGUCUUCUGCCCAUUUUCUAAAUGGACUGUUUGUUUUUUUACUGUUGACUUUUGAGAUUAUAUGUGUAUAUAUAUGGUCCCCGAAGAAUAAAAACUAUCCUCCCUGGAA